CUAUUGUUGUCUAAAGUACACAUGAUUGUUUCUUGGAUGAUAUCUGAUUCAUUUUCACAUAGUUUUUGAUGCAUAUAACAUGAAAUAUUGUGGAAAAGACCAGAAAUACUUUGAUGUGUUGCUUUUUGUUUAAUGUUCUCAAGUCAAAUGUCAAGUGCCACGACAAUACAGAUAAACGGUAUAUAUGAGAUUUAUCAAGGUUUAUUGAGGAUAAGCUGGAAGAGUUUCGGCCACAGAGAUUCAAGAUUCAAGUGCUACUAUAUUUUUUCCGCAUCAGGAACAUCAUAUCUUAAAAACUGUGUCAAAUGUGGAUAGAAAAAUAUGAAUGUGAUAACCAAGACGGCUGAAUGGCAAGCGAAAGUGAGAACACUGUACAAACAGCUCUUGCAAAGUUUUUGAGGGGACAUUCGUUACAUGACCAUGUCAGUGACAUAGAUGAGAUUGUGUUGAGUUACAUAAUAAGUAUACUAGAGGACCUCGGAGACAGUGAAAAUGCAGAAGAAAAUAUUGACGUUGAUCAAUUUGUUGAAAUGAUGGAUGCUUACAUUCCAGGCUUUGCAACAAUUGAUAGCAUAAAAGUGUGUGAAUGGAUGUUUGAAUUGGCCUCAACAUUGUCCAGAUCUCAAGAAAGUGAAUCAAAGGAACCAACAAUUCCGUCACUGAACACACAACUGGUAGAGGGGGCCUGUAGUUUACCUUACAGUGCAAAACACAAAACAAGAUUAGAUUCUACAGGUGAAAAUGAAAGAAGUAGUUCAGAAUCCUCAGCAGAUGACAUUGAUGAACAGUUACAGCAGCUGAUAGAAAUGUUUCCCACAACAGUACGACUGGAAUUAGAACAUUGUUUACACAGUGCCGAGGGUGACAUAGAGAAAGCUGUACAGAUUGUAUUACAUAGACAAGAAACAGACACCGCUUUUACAGAAGAUAGAAAGCCAAAAGAUAAGAAGACAAGAAUGUACGGUAUUUUGGAUGACAAGAAGUUGAAGGAUCAAAUGAUGGAGAGAUAUGCUUUUAUUGACGUAAAUGAAGAUAAGAAACAAUAUAAACCUACAGCACCAAAAUCUGAACCUAAAAAGAUGAUCCGUUACCUUGACAACCAGGUUGUGAAUACAAAAGGACAGAGAUUUACAGAGGUGAAGAAAGAUGACACAGAGGAGAUGAAAAAGACUUACAUCAGUCUAAAACCAGCGAGAAAAUAUAGAUUUCAUUAACAUAUAAGCAAGGGAAAGUAUACUGUUCAUCAGGAAAGUGAAUGUUAAUUCUAAGUGGAUAUACAUGUAACUUGAUAAAUUUACGUUUUAGUGUACAAAAAUGAACUAGAUCUGCAUUCCAGUUAUGGUUUCAGUUCACUGCAGUAUUGAAUUUAGAAAGAGGGUCUGUUGAGAUAUAUUUCUUGAUAGAGUCUCUGAUAAUGUAAAAUGUUAAAUGCCUUUUUGUUUUUGCUUUGUUGUACAUUUUUUUUUUUUUUUAGUUUAUAUAGCAUGAGCAGAUAUCAAAGUCAGGGGUGGUGGAAUAGAUUGUCAGACUUGCCUAGCUUGGCCUAGAGGCCAUAUUGCCGAGUAGAAUUUUGCCAUAUUUACUGUAUAACAAUUAUAUGAACAAGUAGAAAAAAGUUCAUGGCAGAAACAGACAAGUUUGUCAAAAUAAGAUUUCGCCAGCCCUGUCAAAGGACAGAUUCUGAAAGUUUAACAGUCACCUUUUUUAUUUAAUUAUCGUGAAAACAAACGUUGUAUCAACUUCCUAGGGAUGUUUUCAGUGGUUACUGUUCAAGGAUGGAUGAAAAUGGGAAAAAGUAUAGUACCUUUUAGUGGCAGUUAUUUUAUUUCCUGGUACAUGUAGGGUUAUACAUUUUAGAUGGUUUGUAAAAAGUUUUAAAAUCUUGUUCACUGCAGUUUGGGUGCCUAAGGUUUUUUCUAAGACAUUUUAAAUGACAUGCGAAUUAUUGUUUGCUAAUAGGGUAAAAUCAAUUUAAUGGUUUAUCAUAAAGUACUAGUGUGAUAUUACAGUACUGUAAAAUCAUUCAAUUUCGUGGACAUGAAAUUUCGUGGUUUUGGUUAAAAAAAAAAAAAAUCGUGGGGAUAUGAAUUCAUGGAUUUCAUGUUUUGAACUUAAAAUGAAUGGGAAUUUUACUUGUUCGUUGAGAUUAAAUUUCGUGGAAAGACUCAACCACAAAAUCCAUGAAUAUUAGUCCCCUAUGAAUAUUAAUGAUUUUAAAGUAGUCAGUUUACAUUUAAUGCAUUGAAAAUCACUUGAUACAGUUUUAGAAGAAUCAUGCAUAAAAUUUGAUAUUAAGGUUUUUAGAUUUGUUGGAUGCCCAACACCCAUCCAGAGUUUGUUUGUUGACACUCUUGCAUCCACGUUACUUGAGUAAUCUAAAUCAAACUUUAACACAAUAAAUACGCCAAUAACAUUUUGGUCAAAUUAGACUAUUAGGUCAAAAGUUACUUUCCCCAGUUUAUAAAAAGUGUCAUGUUUAACCAUGUUUACACUUGGCAUGAUGUCUUUCUUGUCUACUGGUAAUCCCAAGCAGGUUUAGUAAGAAUAUGUGUAACAGAAAGAUAUCAGUUAAUUUCAGUUAUGAGUUACAACUAUUUAGUAGGACUGUGUAUAAGGUCUAGACUAAGUGCAACUUUGAUAAUGAGCAAAAUAAGACUAGAAGAUCUAGAGUAAUGUGCUCCACAAUUGUCAAAAAAAAUCCAUAUUUAAAUAUUUUCAGACUCCUCCUUCAUUCCUGUGUCAAUCCUAACAAAGUUUGGUCAGAACAUUUAUACAAAAGAAGUGCUGUCAAAAUAUGGAUAUGGGCCCAAUUGGACUUGGUUGUCAAGGAUUUCUGUGCCCUUGGUUUAUAAAAAAAUUGUAUUUCAGCAUUUUAUCAGUCUAUGAACUUUUUUUCCUCUUUAAACUUAGACAUAUAUAGAGAGAUGCAUAUUCCUAUAAAGCCUUGAGCAGCUUGUUUAAUUUGCUUAAUUCAUAACU